UCUUUCGCUCUCUCUCUCUCUCUCUUCCCCUUCACUUUAACAUUUUGAUUUUCUACCGGCCCAGGAGUUCGCAUCGAAGUGUCGGAAGGCGCAACCUUAGCUAAAGUCAGAGAAACAGAAGAGCUCUCCUCGCCUACCUCCACCGAGACCCAGCUGAAGCCAGCGCCAUGGUCUCUCUCUGCAUCUUCCUGCUCUCCUUCCCUGCCCUGAUCAUAGCUCAGCAAUAUGGAGUGGGUGAUGAAUUCUAUAGCACCCUGAAUGGCUACGGACAGUUUGGAGGUGAAGACGAAUACAGUCCAGAGCCUGAUUAUCAAGAGCAAUUCCAUGCUACCGAGUUGCAAGAAACCCUUAAACACGCUGAGCAGAGCCAGGUCCGCGCGGAGGAGCAACAGCAGCAACAGGAGACGGUCUUUCCAGUGGAAGAUGACCAUACAACAGAACCUACUGAGCCAGGACCUUUGGAUUGCAGAGAGGAGCAGUACCCAUGCACUCGUCUGUAUUCUGUCCACAAGCCUUGCCGUCAGUGUAUUAAGAGCCUUUGCUUUUACAACUUGCGGAGAGUCUACGUGAUCAACAAGGAGGUGUGUGUCCGCACGGUCUGCGCCCACGAGGAGCUGCUCAGAGCUGAUUUAUGCCGUGACCAGUUCUCUAAGUGCAGUGUAAUGGCGCACACCGGCAUGUGUGGAGCUCUGGGGUCCUCCUGCGCCAAGAGCUGUGGUGGUUGCUGAGUGAGACAACACACAACUCCUCUUCUCUAAGGCUGGUCCCCUCACAUCCUCCUUUAUCGUGUGUCUGGAUUCCACCCCUGGAACCCAUCUCAAGAUAGCAUUGUUUAGUCAUUUUAGGAGAAAUUUGUAACUCUCAUAAUGUUAGCUUUCAUCUUUGUUUCAACUCUUCUGCUUCAGGAUCUUGCAGAGUCACAAAUUCAGGGGCUUCAAAUAUUGUUCCAUAAUCUAAGAACACUCUUAGAUGUAAAUUCUUGAAACUUCUUUCCAUAAUGCACUGCAAUUUAAAUCCAUGCUAAUGUUGGUCCAACUUGAUUUUUCUUGCUUUCCUACAUGGAAAUUUCCUCUCUUCCACUAUAUAGCUGUAUCAGGUUACGGUUGGGUGAACCUAUUUUAUAUAGAAUUUUAUAUAUACUGUAUGAAUAUACAAAUUCAAUGUCAGUGGUGCUAAAAAUAUUCGUACGAAAGUACGUUUCGUUUGGAAAAAUGCACAUAAUUUUUUUUUUCUACUUUAUUCUGUAUGGUAACAUUUUUAUAUCUUCUUCCUUGGAGCUGAGCCUCCAGUUGGUACGGUGAAGAUAUUUUUAAAAUUGUUUUUAGAUUUGAGUAGCGCUUUGGAGAUUUGUUUUUUGUAUAACUACUGCUUUGUAAAAUCUUUGGUUGUGCACAUAUAGGUGUGAGUGUGUGAGAGUGUGUUUUUGUAUGUCUGCAAAUGUAUAUAUUUUAAGACCAAUUUAAAAUGCUUUUUGCUUCUUUCUUUAUGCUAAGAAUGAUGACCCAGUAGAGCUAGACCAAACGGCAUUAGUUUGAAGUCGGCAUUCAUUUACGUGCCUUCAAGGAAUUUCAGUUUGGAAAAUGCAAUUCUGGUAAAUAAAUAUGAGCCAAGGCUGAACACGGCUGUUCGCUCAGAGUGCAUGUGUGCCUGUUUUUUUACUCUUCAACAGCUUGCCCACCAUGGCACUUAGAACAGUAUCCUUUCCCAUGUUGUACUUAGCCAAUUUAUUAAAUUUCUCUUUUAACUCCU